CUGGGAUUACCAGUACCUGGAUUUAACAAGAGACUUAGGAAAGUUAAAUUUGAAGAAGUGGAUUCUUUGGUCGAACAUGGCCCUUUUUAGGAGAAAUCUUAGAUUCGAAUUGCGCUAUAUGCUGGGACCAUCUAGGAUCUAUAGGUACUAAUGGUGUAAGUCUCAACUGAUGUUGAGCCGCUAUGGUAAAAAUCCCACAGAUACGUAAAUGGAAUCAGCCGGUAACGAACGAAAGAAGUUAUUCUUCUCAUUUAGUAGGAACCUCAGAGACUACACGCGCAACAUCCUUUGAUUCAAAAGAAACUCGUUUCAAUCAAUGGUUAGCUGGUCUUAUUGAUGGAGACGGGAGUUUACAAGUUAGCAAAGCAGGAUAUUCUAGUUGUGAAAUUACUGUGGCUCUUGUGGAUGAACGUAUGUUACGUAUUAUCCAGAACAAACUGGGAGGUUCUAUUAAACCUCGUUCAGGUGUUCGUGCUAUCCAUUUGGUAAAUCGUAUAAACGGAUAUAUUCGUCACAGUAGUCGAUUAGUUCAACUUAAUCGUGUAUGUACUGUACUAGGUUUUGAACUUUUAAGCCCUGAUGUUUUACACAACCAACAUGGUUGGUUUGCUGGGUUUUUUGAUGCUGAUGGUACUAUUGGUUAUUACCUUAAAGGUCCUUACCUUCAACCACAGUUAACUUUAAGUGUAACUAACAAACUAUAUGUGGAUGUAGCACAUUUUAUUACUUAUUUUGGUGGUGCUAUUUACUUUGAUAAAGCACAAAAUGACAAUUUGGCAUCUUUUAUUGAGUAUACUAAGUUAUGUCCACCUCAAUCUAUUAAACGUAAUCGUUUAUUUUUGAUUAAGAAGUAUUAUCGGCUUUUAGAAUUAAAAGCACAUAAAGCCCCAGAGGGUACAGUACUACACAAAGCCUGGUUUGAAUUUAACCGUAAAUGAAAUAGUGUGACCCAAAGUGAUGA